AUGUAGGGUUGGUAAAACGAUACAAAUUAAAGAGGAAAUUUCAUAGGAUGGCAGGACCAGAAUAAGGACACUUUCAAUAAUUUGAAACGGAGUCAGUAAAAAAACAGUAAUAAUCAUCAGUUGCAGGAGGAUUACCUACACGGUUUGCUCGAUGCUCGCAAUUUGCAGCAGCAAUGGACAGGGCAAUAGCGACAAGAACUCCCGUUCAAGUUUCAAAAUGCAUUUGCUGCCUCGAGUUAAAUCGGUGGGAGCAGGUGUAGAUUCUAGGACAAGAAAUCAGAAUUCUCCCGCUUGGUUCCAGAAAAAUGCGCGAAAUUGUGAUGAAAAGGAGCCACCCGAAGUGUUUACCAAGGGCGAUGAAUUGCUUUCAUCGCCCAAAAUCUUGUUUCACAUUCAAUCCCCGCAUCUGCAAACCCUACCUUUUUAUAUCGUCGCCCCUUCCUCUUCAAUAGAAGAGUGCCUCGUUUUUCGCCGCACCUACACUGAGAUUUUUUGGGCUUUGACCUUUUCAAUUUCAGGUGCCUAUGGGAAACAUUCAAGAGGGGAGCAAAACAGGAGGGAGGAAGUCCUCUCACUGAAUUGGAAAUCACACAGAAUGUUCCGAUACAUAUCGUUGGCUAGUAUAAAAAACGCCACUACUGGUGACUCAUCUCUCCGCUGCAACAUUUUUAGACAUGAUGCAAAAUUUCAUGGUGCAAUAGCCACUAAUGGCCCUUUGAAUUGUCAUUCCAUUUAUUUUGAGUAACUUACAUAGCAAAGAAGAACUUUGCUAGCUUGGCUAUGUGGUAACUAUUUACACAGUUUGUCUCCUUUCGGGUUUGAUGGAAGCACAUGAAGAAGUCUGCUUG